ACGUUUAAGGAGCGCGUCGCGUUAUCUCUAUUACUCAGGUCCCUGUGACUCUCGCUUUACCCUGUGCAGUCUCUCAGCCGCCCCUUCCUAACUGUUAGGUUCUGAAGAUAAGAAAUAAAAAUGGCUUCCGUUGUAAUUGAUCAACAACAGAAUGUGGUAUCUAGAGUAGCCAGCCUUCCCUUGGUGAGUUCGACUUAUGACUUAGUGUCAUCUGUUUACAUCAGCACAAAAGAUCACCAUCCCUACCUCAAAUCAGUGUGUGAGAUAGCAGAGAAGGGAAUGAAGACUAUCACUGCUGUGGCAGUGACCAGUGCUUUGCCCAUCAUCCAGAAAUUAGAACCUCAAAUUGCUGUAGCCAACAACUAUGCUUGUCUAGGAUUGGAUAGAAUCGAAGAAAGACUACCCAUUUUGAAUCAACCAACAGAUAAGGUUGUUGCCAAUGCCAAAGGUGCAGUAUUUGGUGCAAAAGAUGCUGUGACAACAACCAUGACCAGUGCCAAGGAUUCUGUGGCUCACACUAUUAAUGGGGUUGUGGACAAAACAAAAGGCGCAGUUAAUGGCAGUGUGGAGAUGACCAAGUCUGUAGUGAAUGGAAGCAUCAACACUGUCUUGGGAAGUCGGAUGGUACAGAUGGUGAGCAGCGGAGUUGAGAAUGCACUUAGCAAGUCAGAGCUGCUCGUGGAUCAGUAUCUUCCCCUCACUGAAGAGGAGAUAGAAAAAGAAGCAAAGAAAGUUGAAGGGUUUGAUGUGGUUCAGAAACCAAGUUGCUAUGUUCGUUUGGGAUCUUUGUCUACCAAACUCCGCUCACGUGCCUACCAGCAGGCCCUAAACAGGGUUAAUGAAGCCAGACAGAAAGGCCAAGAGACCAUUUCUCAGCUGCAUUCCACUAUGAAUCUGAUUGAGUUUGCCAGGAAGAAUGUUAAUAGUGCCAACCAAAAACUACAAGAUGCCCAGGAUAAGUUGUAUGUCUCAUGGCUGGAAUGGAAGAGGAGUAUAGGCCACGAUGACAGCGAUGAAUCUCACUGUACUGAGGAUAUUGAAUCUCGAACUCUAGCUAUAGCUCGAAACCUGACGCAGCAACUCCAGACUACCUGCCUUACUCUUAUGUCCAGUGUCCAGGGGCUACCCCAGAAUAUUCAAGACCAGACUCACCAUGUUGGGUCAAUGGCUGGUGAAGUCUACUCAGUAUUUCGAAAUGCUGCUUCCUUUAAGGAAGUGUCCGAUGGUCUCCUCAAUUCCAGCAAGGGGCAGCUGCAAAAAAUGAAGGAGUCUUUAGAUGAUGUGAUGGAUUAUCUUAUUAACAACACUCCUCUCAACUGGCUGGUGCCAGAUUUCACCAUUACUGACUUGUCUUCUGAAGCUUAUGAAAUUCCAGACAUUUUAGGUUUGGAUGAUGAGGAUGAAGCUGAUUAUUCACAAUUUAAUGGGUUUGUUAACCAAGAUCAAAAUAAUGAAUAAAAUGCAACAAACUGAUUUUCUUCAUGUUUUCUCCAAGUAUUCAUUUCAUUUUUGGGAGUUGUAGUUUUGUUUUAAUUUUAUUGAUUCCUUAUUUCAUUCCCCAUAAUAGCUGUUAACCAACUUUUUCUUCCUUAUUUAAGUCCUCCCACUUCACUCUUGUUCUUUAUGCUUACAGCAAAUAAUACACUAAGGAAAUUGAGACCAUUUGAUGCACAUUCCUCCAGCUUUCCACUCUUCAAAACUUUGUCUCUGUUUCUAAUUUCACUCAUUUCUGUCAUCUUGCUCCAGGAAUAAUCUUUUUUCUUAAUACUCUCUACUUCUUUUAAUUUUUGCCUACAAACAGAGUAGUUUCUCACUUCCUUAAAGUAUCCUCUAUUGAUCCUCCUGUCUUUAUCUAGCUAUAGUCCAGCUUGUUUCUCCCUGAGGUUUCUUAAAGAGGUGGUUAUAUUUACUACAACCACUCUUUCAUCACUUCCCUCCUUAAUCCCUUUUAACUUUGUUAAUGGAACUCCCCUCAAAAGAUACAACCUUUGCCAAUCAGUAAACCUCUAUUAAUCUCUUACUAUGGGCCAGGCACCUCUAGGUGCCAUGAGUACAAAUAAAAAGAAAUAAAAAAUCCCUAUUUGCAAAGAUUCCCAUUUAAUCCCAUGGCCUUUUUAUUUUAUUGUUUCAAAUUAUCCCUACCCCCACUCCCCAGUUUUCCAACAUCUGUUUUUUCUUCCUCUCACAUGAAACCCCCCACUGGAGAAAAUACACAAACAAAAAACAAAACUCUUGUAACAAAUAAACAUAAUGAUGCAAAAACAAAUUCUUCCACUUGCUAUGUUCAAGAAUGUGUCUCAUUCGGUGUCAGGGAGGUAGUUAGCAUUAUUUACCAUCAGUCAUUUAGAAUCAUGUUUGAUCAUUGUGUUAACCAGAGUUCUUAGGUCUCAGUGUACUUUUUUGUGUCUCUGCAUGAGGUAUUCGCCACUAUUGACCACCUUUCUCCUUUUGGAGCCUAUCUUUUCCUUUGGCUUCUGAGACUCAGUCUUGAUCUAUUUAUCUCUUUAACCUCUGCUUGUCUGUAACCUGUGUUGGCUCCUCAUCCCUGAAUUGAAUUGUUUAAUUUGUUCUCAAAAAAUACUGGCAGUAUGAUUUUUUCCCCUUCUUCUCUAUGUUUUGUUUAAAAAAUUCUGGUUGUGUAGACUAUUAAUCUAGCUUGAUAAUUUCAUCAUUAAAAUGCCUGAAAUAAAGUUUGAGCAUUGCCA